CCAGUCUCUUCAGAAAGGCUCAGUCCCCAGUUUGAGUCAGAGCUAGGGACCAUGCUAUCCCAGGCUCAAGGAUAAAAACCUUCGGGCCCAAGUGCCAUCCAUAUUCCAUCUCCAGUCUUUCCUCCACAAAUCAGGAUUCAUCCUUCCUGAAAAGCACGGUCUAAGAGCAAGGGAACAAAAAAAUCAUGCUAUCACAUAAUACCAUGGUGAAGCAGAGGAAACAGCAAGCAUCAGCCAUCAUGAAGGAAAUCCAUGGAAAUGAUGUAGAUGGCAUGGACCUGGGCAAAAAAGUCAGCAUCCCCAGAGACAUCAUGUUGGAAGAAUUAUCCCAUCUCAGUAACCGUGGUGCCAGACUAUUUAAGAUGCGACAAAGAAGAUCUGACAAAUAUACAUUUGAAAAUUUCCAUUAUGAAUCUAAAGCACAAAUAAAUCACAAUAUUGCCAUGCAGAAUGAGAAAUUGGAUGGAAGCAACUUGGAAAGUGGUUCACAGCAAGCCCCAUUUACUCCUCCUAACACCCCGGAUCCACGAAGUCCCCCAAAUCCAGAAAACAUUGCACCAGGAUAUUCUGGACCACUGAAGGAAAUUCCUCCUGAAAGAUUCAACACUACAGCUGUCCCUAAGUACUACCAGUCACCCUGGGAACAGGCCAUUAGCAGUGAUCCGGAGCUUUUAGAGGCUUUAUACCCUAAACUUUUCAAGCCUGAAGGAAAGACAGAACUGCCUGAUUACAGGAGCUUUAACAGAGUUGCCACCCCAUUUGGAGGUUUUGAAAGAGCAUCAAAAAUGGUUAAAUUUAAGGUUCCAGAUUUUGACCUAUUAUUUCUAACAGAUCCCAGGUUCAUGGCCUUUGCCAGUCCUCUUUCUGGAAGACGGUCCUUUAAUAGGACUCCUAAGGGAUGGAUAUCUGAGAAUAUUCCUAUAGUGGUAACAACUGAACCUACAGAGGAUACCACCAUACCGGAAUCAGAAGACCUAUGAAAAGAAAGUUGUAUGUGACACAAAAACCUGUGAACGUGAAUGUUGCUGUUUUAUUAUUCUACUUACUUGCAAAGCCACUUACACUCUUCAUUAGUAGCAAUUAUUUAAUAGCAAUUUAGCAAUUUUCUUUUUAUGACAUUUAAUUUCAAUCUCAGAUCAAAAUCUAAUAAAUAAUUAAAAAUCUUAUUUUAAAACCUUUUAA